AUGAGCGACUGUAUAGCUGGCCUGGGAGCCGGUCGGGAAGCGCGAACCAGUAGGAGAUGGACGUGGCCGGGACCGUGGGAGGAGCUGAGACCGCGGCCCCUCCUCCUCUCCGCAGGGCUGGUGUACCCGGAGUGGGCCUACAAGCCCGACUGGACCCCCGGCUCCCGGCAGAUCCAGCUGUGGCACUUCAUCCUGGAGCUGCUGGCCCGCGACGACCUGGGCGCCGUGAUCGGCUGGCAGGGCGAGUGGGGGGAGUUCGUCAUCCGGGACCCCGAGGAGGUGGCGCGGCUGUGGGGCGCGCGGAAGGGCAAGCCGCACAUGAACUACGACAAGCUGAGCCGGGCGCUGCGGUACUAUUACAACAAACGCAUCCUUCACAAAACCAAAGGCAAGCGUUUCACGUACAAGUUCAACUUCACCAAGCUGAUCCUGGUCAACUAUCCGGGCUGGGACCUCAGCGCUCUGUCCAGAAGCUCGAGUGGGAGCAGCGCCUACCAGGUUCAGUCCAGCCUGCGAAACCAAGUGUCGAACCCCCCAGCCGAGCAGAAUGAGCCAACGCGUUUUGCGUCCAACCCCCUGACCGCUAUUCCGAAACAGAUGCUCUUGCUGGAUGUCGGGGGAGGGAUCUGGACUUUGUGA